AUGGGUGAUAAAUCGAACAAGAACUUCGUUGGUGCAAUCGACAAUGGUACCACCAGUACACGAUUCCUCAUUUUCGACCCUGCAGGCAACCCGGUCGCCAACCAUCAGAUCGAGUUCGAGCAGCACUAUCCGCACUCUGGCUGGCAUGAACACGACCCUGAGGAGCUCAUUUCCUCCGUCGUAACUUGCAUUGACGAAGCAUGCGCCUCAUUCGCAUCCCAGGGACACACUCUCUCCGACAUAAAGGCCGUCGGAAUCACAAACCAACGUGAGACGACUGUGGUAUGGGACGUCAAAACGGGGGAGCCUCUGUACAACGCGAUCGUAUGGACAGACACUCGCAGCGCGCAUAUUGUGCGUGAACUCAAACAGAAGAAGGGGGCGGACGAGCUCAUGGACCUGUGCGGGUUACCGCUGUCGACGUACCCCAGCUCCACGAAACUCCUCUGGAUGCUGAGCCACGUCGACAAGGUGAGAAAGGCGUACGACGAGGGCAGACUGGCGUUCGGAACGGUGGAUACCUGGCUCGUGUACAAGCUAAACGGCGGCGCGGGAAAGAAUGUCUAUGUGACCGAUGCGACGAACGCGAGUCGGACCAUGUGGAUGAACAUCCACAAACUCUCGUACGACGACAAGCUGAUUUCCUUCUUCGACCUCGACGUCAAGACACCGAAGCUGCACUUGCCCAAAAUCGUCCCCUCGUCCGACCCCAAAGCGUACGGUACCCUCGCCCUCAGCAAACUCAAGGGCGUCAAGAUUACAGGCUGCCUCGGCGACCAGUCCGCGGCGUUGGUGGGCCAAUGUGGCUUCUCGCCGGGCCGUGCAAAGAACACCUACGGCACGGGCUGUUUUCUGUUAUACAACGUAGGCGAGAAGCCCGUGAUCUCAACACACGGCCUACUCGCCACAGUCGCGUACGACUUCUCGCCCCAGGGGAUCAAGCCCGUGUACGCGCUCGAGGGCUCGAUCGCGGUGGCCGGGUCGUCGGUGAAGUUCCUGGUCAACAAGCUCGGUUUCGGCAGCGAGUCGUCCGAGAUCUCGGAGCUGGCGGGCACGGUGAAAGAUAAUGGCGGGUGCGUCUUCGUCACGGCGUUCUCGGGCCUGUUCGCGCCGUACUGGUACGACGACGUCCAGGGCACCAUCUUCGGCCUGACGGGGUACACGGAGAAAGGGCAUAUCGCGCGGGCAACCCUGGAAGCGACGUGUUUCCAGACCAAAGCCAUCCUCGACGCCAUGGAGAAGGACGCCGGCGUCCAUUUGAAGGAGUUGGCAGUGGACGGGGGCAUGAGUAACAGUGAUUUGUGCAUGCAGACGCAAUCCGACAUCAUCCAGAUCCCCGUCGACCGGCCGCAGAUGCGCGAGACAACGGCGCUGGGCGCGGCCAUCGCAGCCGGGUUCGCGGUGAAAGUGUGGUCGUCGUUCGACGAGCUGAAGGAGAUCAACGCCGACGGGCGGCACUUUUUCGAGCCCACCAUCCCCAAGCGCCAGAGCGACCGGCUGUACAGGAAAUGGAACAAGGCGGUCGAGAUGUGCCGCGGGUGGGCGGACGAGGACGAGGACGAGGAUGGACAGGACUAA